AUUCCCUCAUCAGUCUCCGCAGAGCAUUUGUUCAGGACGGGUCUCGCCGAUUUCGAUCCGGGUAGUUGACAUUCACGUUUUAAAGCCAAGCAAACAAAAAAAAAUCGUUAUCGAUCGUGUGACGUUCGUGUAGUAGGUAGAGAAAAAGCCCCCUUUACGUUACACAUUGUGGGGGUGUGUGAGCGUGACGUCACAGUACGCCUAUCGCGCCAGACGCUUCCGGUUCAUUGACGCGUUCGUUAGUGUGUUAUCUUGAAGAAGUUUGUAGUGACCAAGGGAAAAGUACAUCAUUGGAUAGACAUCUGGGUCGUGAUUUUUUUAACUAGUGUACCGAAGGGUAAAUUUUGAAAUCCAGCAACAAGAUGAUGAACGAUCCUGCAGCACUGGGGAUGAUCCCCUUCGAUACUAUUGGAUUAUAUGAGCAGCCAAAGCCACGGUUUAUCUUCAAAAUGCCACGUGUGGUGCCAGAUCAGAAGAAUAAGUUCGAAACUGAUGACUUGUUUAAGAAGCUCAGUCGGGAUAGUGAAGUUCGAUACACCGGUUUCCGCGACCGUCCGAUCGAAGAAAGGCGGGGCCGUUUCCGAGCUGGAUGCUGCGAAGGUCACACCGAGAUCUCGUUCGCCACCACCGGUAUCAACGUGCAGCUAGUGUUCAAUCCCAACCACGGUCUCUAUCAUCACCCGCACCAUCAUCAUCAUCACCAUCCGGCACACCUGGGGCUGGAGAAGGAGUGUGACUUCGACAAGGAACACGGCAAGGUUCACAUCAAGUCACACUUCAUCAUGAACGGCGUGUGUGUACGGUUCCGCGGUUGGUUGGACAUGGAACGACUGGACGGUAUCGGGUGUCUGGAGCUGGAUGAAAAGCGAGCCGCCCAGGAGGACGCCAUUUUACGAGAACAACUGGACCGCUACAACCAACGACUGAGAGACUUCGAAGACAAGCAACGAACCUAUCAACGCACAACCCAGGACGAGUUUGAGCAGAUGCGCCGAAAUAGCUCCGGCAUUGGGGUUGGGGUUGGAACUGGAGCCACGGGCAUGUGGAGGCGAUAAAUAUCCUGUAUUAUGCAAUAAUUGGGUAAAUUAGUGGCAACUGUGUGAUUUCAAUACUCUCCAUAAACCCCAUAUAUCACGAUAUAGAUGUAUGAAUGUGCUAUGCAGUGGUGAAAAUAGAAUUUAGAAUACAAUCUCAACUUCUUUCUAAAAUGUUCUGGUAGUUGAAUGCCGAUAGUGGCCAUAUUCUAGAAUAUUGCUAGAUGGUUAAAAUAUUCGACAUGUUUUCAGUAAUGGGAAUCAACUAAAUAAAUAAAUAUCCAUAACUAGAAAGAAUGCAUUUUAAAAUCGAUACAACUAUUUUUGAUUCCAUGUCAUUAUUCGGAAUACUAUUGAAAUGUAUUAUCGAUAGCCUGAAUUUCGGAAUUCAAUUAAAUUUUGUCUAUAUUUGUAACACAGACAAAUCUAAACUAAUAUGUGAAAAGGGCGGAGCAAACUUUGCAAAUCGGAGCCAUCCGGUACACAGGAAGACUUCUUUCGAAAAAUUUUUGUUAACUCACACCACUGAUGGGUAGAGGGUUGCAUUGGUUAUUCCGCCCUUUCAACAUGUAAGUCUGACAAAAACCAUGCUGAGGUAAUCAACAAAAGGCUCCACAGUAAAUUAUCAAUUUAUUGUCUCUCCAAUUUUGCAGUACCAUGCGGUGCACAAAGAACAAGCACAUUUUUGUAACAUGACUUUAAGGCUCUGGGCGGUUUAAUUUUUGUUAUCUGCAUUAUUGAUCUGCAAUCGUCGUUUUAUGUUGACCUGCUUUUGGCUAUAUUCAUAAACAAUCUACCUUAUAAGCGAGAAUUUUAUUUUAUAUUAUUUUAUACAUCUAUAAGUAACCGAAUCUCAAAGGAACUACCAAAUAU